AUGCCUUCUGCAGCUGGUGGGAAGCGUAAACGCGGUGACAGAUCAUGGUCUGGAGAUGCGGGAAAUGAUGGCUGGCGGCCGUCUCCUCAUCGUCCCGGAAAUCUCAAUCUCGCCCAGCAGCAUCAACAGAAUCAGUUUAACGGUCAGGGUCGAGAUUCUACCGAUAUUCGUAAUCGGGGAGGCAGAAGAACAAGCAGAGGCGGCAAUAGAAAUGGUACGCCUGCGCGGAGGGCAAGCGAAGGUCAAAACUCCCAUCAGAAAGAAAACUCUCCCUCGUCAAGAUCAGCAAUGACAUCCCAAAGAGACCCUCCCGAAUUAUCUCAGCCAAGCAGAACGCCGUCGACGCCAACACCUACUUCCUCAUCUCAACCUCAAGCGAUGUUCUAUUCCUACGAGUAUCUUACGCGGGAGUACGUUGAUGCGUGGACCUUGAUGGGGAGGAAAGCCGUGAUCGAUAUCGGGGUCAGUGCUCGGAAGGCGGAGGACGCCUUAGUGAUCUCAUCCGUGUUUCAGGAGAUUAUUCAGUCCGUUAUCGAUAGCCGGAUAUCUGCAGUCGAUGGUGGGACCUCCGUGAAGGAAAUUAUAGGCGAAGAUGUCGCUGCAGAUGACAUACCUAGUGUGGAUGGAUCAACGAGCACCGCACAAACCUUCGAUGUUCGCUCUCUUUUCCUUGAUACCCUUUCUGUUAUAGCCGACGCAAACACAUCUCACUCCAGCCUUCGUACCCUGGUGUUUUCGACUGGAAUCUCCCCUACCCUUAUGCGACAACAGCUUGAAACUCCGUUACUUCAAUCGCUUGGUCUAAUUCGUGACACCUUCGCUCGCAUGGGCAUCCGCAAACAAACCAACCUUCUUUAUCGACAGUCGAACUAUAACUUACUACGAGAAGAAUCGGAAGGGUACUCCAAGUUGCUGACAGAAUUGUUUACAACUAGCAGCAAUGAGCCCCCGUCAGCCGAAGUCGUUGAAGAUACUUUCGAACGAGUGAAGGCUAUGAUAGGUGCCUUUGAUAUGGACGUCGGAAGAGUCCUUGAUGUCACGCUAGAUGUGUUCGCGGCUGUCCUUGUCAAAAAGAAUCGAUUCUUCGUCAAAUUCCUGCGGGUUAGCUCAUGGUGGCCAAAGGAGGAAUCUUUCCUGCGACGUUAUGGCGGGAUUUCCGAACCUGGUUUACCUAAAUGGGCCCUGCCCGGUUCAGCCGGCUGGUCGACAACAGAGGAGGACCGGGAAGAAGCUCUUCGUGCAAAUGAAAAACGGGAUCGCCUUUUUUGGGAUCGAGCUAGAGAGGUUGGCAUCCGCGCGUUCUUCGAGAUAGGCCGCAACCAAUCAUUGGAACAGAAACAAUUAAAAUCAUUAUCGGAAUUUAAAAGCAACUCCCCAGAGGAAGACAAUGAUACUCUGAAAUGGAUUGAACAAACUGGGACCCUCCCACCCAAGGGCAACGGGGUCGCGGCGCAACUGCUGGGAUUCAAACUCCGAUUUUAUUCCUCAGAUGCUCGGAAUCCGGCUGAUAUUCUACCGGAUAAUCUCAUAUAUCUAGCCGCUUUGCUCAUAAAAGUCGGGUUUAUCUCUCUACGGGAUCUCUAUCCUCACCUAUGGCGACCAGAUGAAUCUAUGGACGAGCUAAAGGAGGAGAAAAUGAAAGAGAAGGAGCAAAGAGAACUAGCUGCUAGACCUGGUGCUGGUGCGAUGAAUGCGCUAAUGAUGGCUGGAGCCUUGAGUGACGAUACAAUACCCGUCCCGAUGUCUAGACUCCGAGAAGCUGAUACCCGCGCGGCUACUCCUGCCAAGGACCAAGAUGUGGACAAAACAGCCCAAACAAAAGUUGACGAAAAAAAGGAAUCAUUGCCGGAGCCAGCAGAUCAAAAAGUGCUGCUCUUAAAGAGUUUACUCGCUAUUGGCGCCCUGCCAGAGUCCCUCUAUAUUCUUGGGCGAUUCCCGUGGCUAUUGGAUGCGUACCCCGAGCUUCCAGAAUUUAUCCACCGUAUUAUACACCAUUCUCUGAGCAAGCUGUGUGACUCCUCGCGGCCUUUAUCAUCAAGGAGCGACAUCAAGAGUGAAAAGAAGAUCACCAGCUCUGACCAAGCAAGCCUUCCAAAGGGCAAUAUUCGAUUGACUGAUCAACCUCCUCGACGCGUUCUUCGGUGGGCAUUACUAGAUAAAGAAGAUACCAACGAUGGGACUGAUUAUCGAUUUUACUGGGACGAUUGGACAGAUAAUAUUCCCGUUUGCCAGACUGUGGAUGAUGUAUUCACUCUCUGUGGAUCAUUUUUAAAUCUUUCAGGUGUCAAAAUUGGGCAAGAUCCUGGCCUAUUGACGAAAUUGGCAAGGCUUGGAAACAAAAGUCUGCAAAGUGAUCCUUCGGAAUCAAAUCAGAUGCGAUGGCGAGAUCUUUGCAAGCGCCUUUUGGUUCCCGCAUUGAGCUUAACGAGAGCAAACCCUGGAGUCGUCAAUGAGGUAUUUGAGCUGCUGAGCCACUUCGCACGAGAUGUGAGAUAUUCCAUUUAUGCUGAGUGGUAUUCUGGACAAACUUCCCGGUUGCCGGAUAUCAAAUCGGCCUUCGAUCAGGCACGAGCAGAAACGAAGGAUGCCCUUAAAAGACUAAGCAAAACCAACAUUAAGCCGAUGGCUAGAAACUUGGCUAAAAUAGCAUUCGCUAACCCGGGAAUUGUCAUCAGCGUCGCCAUCAACCAGAUCGAAGCAUAUGAGAACCUAAUUGAAGUAGUUGUGGAAUGUGCCAGAUAUUUCACGUACUUGGGAUAUGAUAUUCUAACCUGGUCAUUGAUCAAUUCUCUUGGUCAGAAAGGGAGGAGUCGAGUUCAAGAUGGGGGUUUGCUAACAAGUAGAUGGCUCAAUGCCCUUGCUUCCUUUGUUGGCAGGGUAUUCAAACGCUAUUCUACCAUCAUGGACCCUGUUCCCGUCCUUCAAUACGUUGGUGAACAGCUUCGACAUAACAACUCCACCGAUCUCGUCAUUCUAGAGCAGCUUAUCAGCUCCAUGGCUGGAAUAGUUACUGACACAAAUUUCAACGACUCCCAAAUUCAAGCAAUGGCGGGUGGUGCACUUCUACAAUCACAGACCAUGUUACAACUUCUUGAUAAACGUCACGAAUCCAAGAUAACCUCCCGGCGCUUAAUAAAAUCUUUGGCGAAUUCUAAGCUUGCCGGGCAGCUUCUGAUAGCCGUCGCGCAAGAACGAGCUACAUGUAUAUUCAAGGAAUCAGAAGCUGACGGCGAGUUGAAACUACUUGGCAAUAUAUUCGAUGAGAUACAUCGGGUUCUCACUCAAUAUAUUGAUCUUCUUCGAAGCAAUUUCACGGUUGAAGAAUUCGACUCUUUCGUGCCAGAUGUGGCAAGUCUCAUUGGCGAAUUUGGACUGCAGCCGGAAGUCGCAUUCUGGAUUACGCGCCCGAGCGUUGCGCAUCAGAUUGCUGAAGUUGACACGAAGAAACGAGAGCAAGCGGCAAAGAAACCAGAAACCGAAACCAUCCCCGCCUCUAAGAGCCCUGAUGGUGAUCUAGAGAUGGCAGACGAUGGGGAAGCUGUCGAAAAAGAGGAUUCGUCGGGAGAUGUGACGAUCUCUACUGAAGAAUCGACAUCUAAUACUAACGAUAACCAGGGUGAGGCGAAAACGAACGCUUCAAACACAUCAAGCACCUCUAAAGCGGAUCCGGAAAGUGUACCUUGGCAUCCUGUACUUGAAGGCCUGAUGGAUAAGAUCAAGACAGCGAUGCCACGAAGCUCAUGGGAAGUUGUUGGUCUGCCAUUCUUUGUGACAUUCUGGCAGCUAUCACUCUAUGACAUUCAUGUUCCCCAGCGUGCUUACGAAGAAGAACUUGAACGGCUCAAGAAAAAAAUCCAGGCCAUUUCGCAAGACCGUUCAGAUGUUAGCAUAGCCGGUACCUUAAAAAAGGAUAAGGAGAAAAAACUCAUUAAUGACCUUCAUGACCGAAUUUUAGCUGAGAACAAGGCACAUGUGAGAUGUUACGGAUUAAAUAGGGCAAGGUUACAGAAGGAAAAAGACCGAUGGUUUGUUGGACUGAGAGGGAAACAUGAAGCUCUUAACAUUGCCGUGAUGGAACAGUGUCUAUUACCCCGGUUACUUCUCUCGCCUAUUGAUGCUUUCUACAGUUUCAAGAUGCUCAAGUAUCUCCAUUCAUCUGGGACGCCAAAUUUCCGAACAGUAGGAUUUCUUGAUCAGCUGUUUCGCGAACAGCGGCUUACAGCCAUCAUCUUCCAAAGUACUUCCAAGGAAGCUGAUAAUUUCGGUCGUUUCCUCAACGAAGUUCUUCGCGACUUGACCCGAUGGCAUGCCGAUAAAGCCGUCUACGAGAAAGAAGCGUACGGAAUUAAAAGGGAUCUCCCAGGAUUUGCCAUGGCAGUUGAUCAAGAAGGAAAGCCAAAGUCAUUUUUAGAUUACGAAGACUUCCGCAGGAUUUUCUACAAGUGGCAUCGCAUUUUUGGUGCCUGCUUGAAGACUUGCCUUUCAGGAGGCGAGUAUAUGCAUAUCCGGAACGCCAUUAGCGUAUUGAAGGCAGUUGUUCAGCAUUUCCCUGCGGUUAAUUGGAUUGGCCGAGACAUGCAUACCUGCGUGAACAACCUGAAGACAAUGGAUCCUCGUGACGAUGUUAAAAUUCCUGCAGCCUCGUUGAUUGGAGAUUUGAAUAGAAGAGAGAAGAAAUGGUUACUUCCGCAGGCUUUCAUGAUUAAUGAAUCGUUACCGAGUGACAAGGCUAAAGCACGCACGCCGCAACCUCAAUCAACUACUCCCAAAUCACUGAAUGCAUCCGCUCCUGACUUUAAACCAUCUGGGUCGUCCACCACGGUAAAUGAUGCACAGCCACAUGGGCCUGGGAAAUUAGAGGUUGAAGACGGCGAGAUUGAAGAUGCGAAAAUGGCAGAGAAGUUGAACAACGCAGCCAUAAAAGCAAAAGCCGCGAGAGGUGAUGCCCAAUCACUGCAGGUGUCCGAUGCUUCGCGCGCAAUGGAAACCGCUUCUACGAGUAAAUUAGACAAAGUGGAACAGAAUGACAAAACCCCCGUGAUACAAGAAACGGAGCCAGCCAAGGUUGCAGAGCCUGCAACUGGCCAUUCGCAGACUCCUUCGCAACCUUCUUCACAACAGCCAUCGACCACACCAGCCACCCUGGGAGAUUCACAAACACCUGUUUCAGGUCACAGAUCAUCAUCACCAGCUCCAUUACGAGUGGCUAGCCGACCACCUUCAGAAUCUUCACAUCCACCAAGCAUUCCAAAGCGCCCGGAUGUUGACCGUUACCCUCCCCAACACAAUACUUCUGUCCGCCCUCAGGCAAACCUACCAAAUCGGCCAGAACCUCCUCGCUCCUUCAGACACCCUGAUGAACGGAUGACUAUGAGACCUCCCAAUGUGCCCGAUGAGCGAAGAGAUGCUCGAGACAAUCGACAUCCAGAUCGCUCUGGGCGGUUCGGUGGCCAGGAUCGUGAGAGGCCAUUUGAACAUGCCCUCCCUAUCGAUCCCCGUAGCCACGGGCGACCAAACGAACGUCCUGGAGAUAGGGAUAGGCUUGAUGGUCAUCGGAUAGACAGAGAAUUUCCCUCACGCCCCCUUGAAGAUAAUUUUGGACGACCCGGGUACAGGGAUGCACGACCAUCGCCUAGGGAUCAGGAAUGGUCUGAUAGGAUGGGUAGAGGAAGAAUUUCUCAAGCAGAUGCUUUCCAAGUUCGACAAGACUCGGACCGUUCCUUCAGAGAAGGGGAUGUACAUCAAUAUCGGGCGGCUAAUGUGCCUGAUCUUCAUGACCGCGACCAUCCAUCCCGGCUCCAUACAGAAACUGGAAUUCACCAGCGACUUGAACUUCCUAGAGCCGAAAGAGAUGGUCGAAGAAAUCGUAGCUCCCGACCCUCCACCCCUCCAAAAGCAGAUGAUUCUCGUCUCCAGAAUAGGUCCGAUAGGCGAGAGGAACGUGAAGAGAGAAAACCUACCAGUUCCCAACCACCAGCGCGAUCUGAUGAUCUACCAACAGGACCCAAAGGUGACAGGGGAAAUCAUUCUUCAGCAGCUGAUAAUCGUCAUGCGCCAGACUCUCGAUCAACAUAUCAAUCAACCACAGAUUCGUCAUAUGGACGGUUAAACCAAGAUUCAAAAUUCCCGUUACGCCCACAAGAGUCGUUUGACAGGCCUCAGGAUAUCCCUUCUGGACCAAGGAAGACUUCUACCCAACGAGGUGGCAGAAAUCCAUCAUUGUCGCAGCCCCUUCCUAUUCCACCACAGUCAACUGACCGCCAGCCACCCACCGGCCCAUCAAAUCGACCUCUCGCGCGGAAUCCUCCGCAGCACGAUCAGCAGUUAGCAACGGCGCCAUCUUCCGCACCUGCUCCCGUGGAAAAAAUCGACACAUCUGGUAUUCACCCUGACCGUCUGAAGGCGAUUCAAUCUCCCAGAGACGACGGAACGCAGACAACAGCAUCUCCAACAUCCUUGCCUCCAUCUGGGCCACGGAGUGGUGGACAUCCGCCUUCCGGUCCUUCGCCGACCACAAGAGGCCCUCCCGGAGUACCAUUUUCUGGUGAAAGAAGCAGGGGAGAUAAGCGGUUCGCGGGUCUAAACAACAUGCUUCAGCAGUUUGGCGGACCAGCGGAUAAAUCUGUAAUGGGUACAUCAAUAAGGGGAAGGGGGGCAAAUCGUACUGGUGGUAAUUCAUUGAACGCACCAUCACCUCAAUCUACUCGACCUCAAACUCCCAUCGGAUCGAAAGGUGACACUUAUUCUGGUACAGCUCCUCCCUCAGGCUCAGAAAAACCGGAUCUAUUCCCAAGCCGCUCAGAUGCCUCAGCACCACAGGUGGCGCCUUCACAGGAAGAGCCUCGGGGGCAUGGUAGGGCUGGCCGGAGAAGCGAAAUUAUAGAGGAAGCAGCAGCAGAGUCGCGACGUUCCCCGCGCCACUCGAGUGGUACUCGAACCCCAGAUCGCGAAAGAGAUCGUGAAAAAGACCGUGAAAGAGAACGCGAGAGAGAAAGAGACCGCGAACACCGAGAUCGAGAGCGGGAACGCGAUACCAGUCGUAGGGGCGAGGAGGAGGCUUCAAGAGCCAGCACGAAGCGGGACGAAUAUCGAGAGCGCCAUCGGGAAGGUGACCGUGACCGUGAUCGCGACCGUGGUCGAGCUGCCGAUAUCAGCAGCCGGGAACAAGCCCGUGGCUCACGAGAAUCCUCGUCGCGAAGACCCCCUCAGAACUCGAGCGCAAACAGGGAGCCAGUCUCCACCAGGCGAAGGGACAAGCGUGAGCGUGACGUGGGCACCUACGAAAGUCAGAGUCGUGGGAAAUCUGACGUUUCCCCACCUCCUCCACCCCCUCCUCCUCUAGCAUCGAACGAAACUGAAAAUCGCAGAUGGGGUAGCGGGGGCCGAGAAGAGGAUCGCAAUCGAGAUCGUGAGCGGGGCAGGGAUCGGGAGCGUGAUCGCGACCGCGACCGAGAUCGAGAGCGCAGGGAUCUGGGUAAUGGACGUGGCGGCAAUAGUGGUGCCGCUGGAGGUGCCAGUGGAGGUGGCAAUACAGGCGGAGGGUCCUGGUCCCGAAAGCGUGGGAGAUUGGCAGGUAGCAACGUGGAUGACGGGGCUUCCGCUGCCGGUUCCUCCAGGAUAGGAGGUGAAAAUAAGAGACCUAGACGUGGACAUUGA